AUGAGUGAAAGCAACCUGAGAAAUUUACUCCUGUACGGACUGUUCUCCAUUAUUGGGGCUACAUUUUUGAAGAACGCAUAUCCUCCAUUCUCCCCUUUUUUCUUUCAGUCAUCAGUUAAAGAGUUCAAGGAGGACUGUGGAACUGAGAAAAAAAUUGCAUCCAAGCUUAAGUCAUGUCUAGAAAGGUCCUUGCUGUUGGACAGCGAAGACAGAAUAAGGCGCGAUCUCUUUGAUCUCCUGCAGAAUAUAGUCCUCAUCAGGGAUCCAGAGGAUGCAAGAAAAUUUUUCCCUCGUUUCAAUCUCGAAGAUACUUCUAGCUUCAAGGAUUUGGAUGAGCACAGCAAAAGUGUUUUGAAAAGACUAUACUAUGAUUACUAUUUCCAUCGGCAAGAAGUUCUUUGGCGUCAAAAUGCUUUGAAGACUCUGCCUGUCCUCUUAAACUCAUCAGAUAUGCUGGCUUGUGGGGAAGAUCUAGGCCUUAUUCCUUCUUGUGUUCAUCCAGUCAUGCAAGAACUGGGUUUAAUAGGGUUACGCAUCCAACGUAUGCCAAGUGAACCUGGUUUGGAGUUUGGUAUUCCUGCUCAGUACAGCUACAUGACGGAUUACUACUAG